AUACGGAGCAUCGCUAACCGAGUCUCUCAUUCCCAAUUUUCCACCGCUCUUCUUAAACCCUACCUCCUUAGGGUUUUUCAGAGCAGCCUCCACUUCUCUUCACACUCUUUCUCUUCUCCCAUAGGCCGAUUCUGCUCCUCCAAUGGGCAAGUCAAGCAAGAAGUCAGCCACCAAAGUUGAAGCAGCUCCUGCUGCUGUAGUUCCAGUCUCUAAGUCUGGCAAGAAAGGCAAGAGGGAAGCCGAGAAUGAAGUCGAGAAGGCAGUGAGUGCGAAGAAGCAGAAGAGAGACGAGGGUGUGGUGCAGGCCAUCCAGAAGACGAAGGCCGAAGCGAAAACGCCGCAAAAGAAGAAGAAAGAAGAGAGCAGUAGUGAGGAGGAGUCUGACACUUCAUCAGAGGAUGAGAAGCCUGCUCCCAAAACCAAAACUGUUGUUCCUCCCAAAAAGCAGGCCAUAGCUGCUAAGAAGGAAGAGUCCAGCAGUUCUGAAUCAGAGUCUGACUCUGAUGAGGAUGAAAAACCUGCUACCAAAACUGGAGUUGCUGCUAAAAACGGGCCAGUUGCUAAGAAAGCCGAGUCUUCUGACAGUUCAGAUUCUUCAGAUGAUGAUUCCGAUGAGGAGGAAGUUCCUAAAUCCAAAGCCACAAAAUUGCCUCAAGUUGUGGCUAAGAAUGGCAAGAAGAAAGAGGAUUCCAGCUCCUCAGAUGCAGAUUCUAGUGAUGAUUCAGAGGAUGAUGAUGAAACUCCUGCUAAGGUUACUGCACCUGUGAAGAAGGUUGUUGCUCCUGCUGCAAAGAAGCCUGAUUCAAGCAGCUCUGAAGAUGAUUCUGAUGAUGAGCAGGAUUCCAGUGACGACUCAUCUGAUGAUUCAGAGGAAGAAAAGCCAAAGAAUGCUAAACCUGCUGCUAAAAGAGCUCAACCAUCAAAGAGUGAGAGUGAGAGUGAAAGUGACUCUGAUGAAGAUGAUGAUGAUGAGCCACAAACUAAAAAACCAAAGGCCGAGGUCCCUGCUAAAGCUGCCCCAAAGGAAAGUAGUUCAGAGGAGGAGAGUGAUGAGGAUAGUUCAGAUGAAGAAUCAGAAGAAGAGGCAAAGACUCCAAAGAAAAAGGACUCUGAUGUAGAGAUGGUAGAUGCUCAAUCAAAAUCCGAAAAGAAAGCUCCUAAAACCCCUGCUACUCCUGAAACGUCGUCGUCUAAGACUUUGUUUGCCGGCAAUUUGUCAUUCAAGAUUGAACAAGGCGAUGUGGAAAAUUUCUUCAAGGAUGUUGCCCAAGUUGUUGAGGUCCGUUUCUCCUCUGAUCAAGAAGGACAGUUCAGGGGAUAUGGACAUGUAGAGUUUGCCAGUGCAGAAGAUGCCCAAAAGGCUCUGGAGUUGAAUGGUUCAGAUUUGUUGGGUCGUGCGGUGAGACUUGAUCUGGCUCGUGAAAGGGGCGAAAGGGGUGCUUAUACUCCUCACAGCGGCAAAGAGAGCAACUCAUACCAGAAGGGAGGACAAGGUCAGUCACAGACAAUAUUUGUACGAGGAUUUGAUACAAACCAAGGGGAGGAUGAGAUCCGAGGUGCCCUGCAAAGUCAUUUUGAUUCGUGUGGAGAGAUAACACGGGUGUCCAUCCCAAAAGAUUAUGAAACUGGCGCCUCCAAGGGGAUGGCCUACAUGGACUUCUCAUCUGCUGAUGCUUUCAGCAAAGCUUUGGAGCUUGAUCAAAGUGAUCUUGGAAAUGGCUGUUAUUUGAAUGUCCAACCGGCCAAACCUAAAGGUGAUUUCGGUGAAAGGGGUAAUCGUUUUGAUAAUGGUGGCCGUCGAGGUGGCCGUCGAGGUGGUCGUUAUGAGAGUGGUGGCCGCCGUGGUGGUGGUCGUUUUGAUAGUGGUGGCCGUCGUGGUGGUAGGGAUUCUGGUGGUAGGCGUGGAGGCAGAGGUCCUAGCCUAGCUACACCCGGAACAGGGAAGAAGACCACCUUCAAUGAUGAGGAUUAGGCAGUUCCCCAGAACAGAUUUGGCAUAUUUUCCGCGUUAAUUUAUUUUAGAUGCGUAUCUAUGUUUUUCAUUGAUGUUGAACAUGACGUAUAAUGAGAGUGGAAUUUUUGUAUUUUGACAUUUCAACUAUUAUAAAAUAUUUUGUUUACCGAGUA